CUCAGUGAUACUCUCCUUCCAAUCCGAGAAUGAGAUGUCAGACGGCUCAGACGGCAUACAAGUGAAUGUUGUGCCCACACAAUCCUCAUACUUCGCUGGUGAAACUUUUCAGGUCACGAUUACUUUUUCCAACGUAAACACGCAGUCGUCGCCCGACAUUCAUCCUCGACCUGGUGUUUCACCCGCAACACUUGGCCGUUCACAUCGUAGAGCCGCUCAUUCUGUGGCAAAUUUUCUGCCUAUUAUACCUCCUUCCCCUAGAGUGUCGCCAUAUCUGACCUCAGACUUAAACGCCAAGCCUAUUUCAGCGGUGAAGAUUCCCAGACCUCAUCGCCGGGUCGGAAAAUGCAAGCGGGCUGAUGCUAAAUGCGAAACCAACUACUCAGCUAUCACUCCGUCUGAUGAUCACACCCUCAAUGAUAAAUCAAGACAUAAUUCUCGGUCACUCUCUCUGUCAUCAAUGCAAUCCCAGAAUCUCCCUACCUCGGCUAGAGACCGUGCCCGUCCUGAGUUAGACAUCCAUCCAAGCCCUUUAGUGACUAAGAAAAUAAUUGAACCUUCCUCGAUACCUUCCCCAUCGCCGCAUAAUUCUCCGCAUCCAUCCACAUCCUAUGACCGACCGUCUUCAUUCUCCGUGCUAUCUCGUCCCAACGCACAAUCUUCAAUUCCAUUGCACCAUCCUCAUGCACGGAAGCAAUCGGUUACUGAUAGUCUGCCUGAACUCCAAGAGACACAAGCUGUUUCGGCGCAGUCAGGGUUUACCCAAUCACUAGAUACUAUCAGUGAAGUCGGAUCCACCCAGGCAUCCCCUUCAAAAAAUGGGCUGGCGGCCGCACCUGCUUUAAAUUCAAGCGGGCGAAGUUUCGCGCGCCAGGGACCUAAAGGCCAGGCAACUAACAUCCCACCACGUCUGCGUGGGGAUGGCAUUGAUCAUCGCAGACCACCCCCUCGUUCUGCCUCUGCAGCUGCUUCCACCUUUUCAUCGUUAUCUCACAUGUUUCAAGCUCCAGGGCAGCAGACUCUUCUUUGGGCGUACGCCCAACUGGUUGGCACCUUCGAAUUAGAACCAACCCUUGUUCCUGCUCAUGAAGCAGAUGUGUUGAGGGCUCAUUUACGGGCUGGAAUGGCACUUGGCGGUGGCCGAAUGGAUAUCGAUAACGCUAAUCAAUCGCCUUAUACAUUCGGAUUCCUACCGUCUUUAUUUUCUUCCGCACCAUCGAUCUCUUCUACCCCUGGUUCCACGGAUCUGCAAGGAACUGCUUUACUUGUGUCCCCUACUUCCCCGAGAUUUGGCUCCUCGCUAUUCUCGUUUUUCUCGCCCAAUCCUCAUUCAAGUGCAUUUGGUUUCAGCACGCGGAGCCCCAGCUCGGGCAAUAGUUUAGGUGAUGCAUCAUCAGCCUCAGGGUACCGUUCGCACAUGCCGUUGCCUACUCUCGAAACUCAGCCAACGGUGCUCGUUGUAGACCUUCAGCUCGAUCCAGGGCAAAGUCGAUCUUACACUUACAGUCUUCCGCUCCCAUCCGCCCUUCCACCAACUUAUCGAGGUCGUGCAUUCAGAUUCUCAUAUACAUUAAUAAUCGGGACGUCUCGUAGCUCGAGUGGCUCGUACAGUAUUUCAACUGCCUCGCUACCCAUUUUCCCAUUUAGUAGCGCAGAUCAGCUUAACAAGCAGAGGAGCAAAGUCGUGAGGAUUCCUGUGAGGAUCUACAAUCACGUCGCAGUGGGCAGAGUCCCGAGACCGUACGAUCUCCUCUGGCCAGUGGCGCGCCGGCGAGAGACCCGUACGUUGAUUUCGUCCGCUGCGUUCGUGGAGGAAAUAACCAAAGAAUCACCUCUGCACUCGUCCAGCCACCAUGGAUGGAUAAGGGAUGGAACACCUUCGUCACUGUCGCGGACCCGAGUUGAGUCGUAUGCUGCUGCGCUCCUCCGUGGAGAUGUGCGUAAGGCAUCCCUUAGUGUCAUGCCGCGACUGAGUACAGAUUCUUCGGGUACUGGCGAAGCGAUGGAACAUGAGAACGAAUUUUCAUCCAGUCUCGAAAAAUAUUCGUGUCGUCAAGUCGUGGAAGUGAUGACACGAAAUCCGAAGAAGGUCUCGUAUGACAUUGCAAAAGAUGGAGAAGAUGUUGCAGUGCUUACCUUUGUAAAAUCGGCGUACCGGGUGGGAGAGACAAUCCUUGGUAUACUUGACAUCAACUUGGCCCCAGGACAUGCAAGGGUGCUCAAGCUUUCGGCGGCACUUGAAGCACAAGAAACUCUGCCGUCACCAAUUCAAACACACGCCUUUUCACGAAACUCCCACAGACGCACUCAUUCAGAAUAUGCGCUUUCGUUCGCGAUGAACACUCAUCGUGCAUCCUUCUCUCUCGACAUUCCGGCCGACGCCACCCCUGCGUUCGGCUUCAUUGCUCCACCCUCACCUCACCAAGAAGCUGGGGAUGUAGAUGCACCACCCACGAAAGGGGGGGUGGAAUGGAAGAUUCGCUUGUGCUUCUUGGUAGCUGUCUUACCAUCCAAGACAUAUGACACAGGGCGCAACCUGGGUCGAUUGCGUAAGGCCGCUAAACGGCCCAAGUCGGAAAUGACUUCUUCCACCGGCACAACUGUGCAGGAAUCUGAUUGUGAGGAUCCUACACGAUUCCGUAUUCCGAUGCAUAGCUUGCUUCCGGAUGAACCUAGCAGCGAAUGGGCGACCUCGUGGAGUAUCGGUGAAUCGUUGGCACCUCUUCGUUUCGUGGAAGAUGAACUUGAGAAUGCACGAGUGGGAGGAUGGAUGUCGAUGAUCAUGGGAACUGGAAGCGACGGAGGCAAUUCGGUUGUGGAGCCAGAUGGGAUCGCCGAAGCAGAAACUAAGGGGAUAUGGAAGGAAACGAAGUUGGAUGUUCUGGAAUGUGAAGUUCCUGUGAUGGUAUGGCCUGGUGCGACGGCUUUUCAACCUGUAGAGACCAGCUUCAACGCAUGAUGAGUCUUUGCAAAUGGAUAUCCUAUUUCUCUCUAUCGGCACCCCGCCCUCGUAAUUAUUGCUGUGCAGGUCAUGGGAGAAUGUUCGAGUUUUCUGGGUCUGUCUAGCUU